UAUCAUUAGGACUCAGAGUUGUUGGAUCUGACCUAUGUGAAGGAUGUCAGAACUGGUAGAAGCACCAAACCUCCCAAGGAAGCCAAGCUGAGGGAGCUGCUCGAUGUGGGAAACCUCGUUGGUCGGUUGGAGAACCGCAUGGUUACCGUGGUCACCGCCUCAGACCUGGUCAACGUCGGCCAACUGAACUUCAUCGCUUCGCAGGAGGAUGAAGCCAAGUUGUGGUGUGAGGAGGUGUUUUCUUUGGCUACUAACCUGCUGAGCCACAAUCUCAACAGAGACCACAGUCUGCUGAAAGCGUAUGUCAGGCUAACUCUUCAGCCAAACACAGAGGGAAAAAUUCCUGUGAAAAAUAUUGGCCGGCUGUUUUCGUCGGACAGAAAGAGAAUUGAGAAUGCCCUCGAGUGCUGCAAGUUGCCAUAUGGACGGGGCGACAGCAUCAAACUGGAGGACUUCACCUUGGAUGUUUACAGGAACUUCUUGGAGAGUCUGUGUCCUCGUCCUGAACUCGGCAACAUCUUCAAACUGCAAGGAGGCGAGGGUGGGGGGAUGUCCGUCGAGCAGAUGACUGAGUUCAUCAACAACAAGCAGAGAGACCCGAGGCUCAAUGAAAUUCUUUACCCCCCUCUUCGCCCCACACAGACACACACUCUGAUGGAGCGUUACCAACAUGACCAGGACAAUCUAAAGCAAGGUGUUAUCUCUCUCCAGGCUUUUUCCAGCUAUCUGUCCAGUGACGAGAACGGUGUCAUUCCUCCCGAGAAACUGGAUCAGUCUGAAGACAUGAACUUUCCGUUAUCGCAGUAUUUCAUCAACUCAUCGCAUAAUACGUACCUUACAGCGGGCCAGCUGGCAGGAAGCUCCUCGGUGGAGAUGUACCGGCAGGUUUUGCUGGCUGGUUGUCGCUGUGUGGAACUAGACGUGUGGAAAGGGCGGACUGCUGAGGAGGAGCCGGUCAUAACUCACGGCUUCACCAUGACCUCUGAAAUCUCCUUUAAGGAGGUGAUUGAAGCCAUUGCAGAAUGCGCCUUUAAGACUUCACCUUUUCCUGUCAUACUUUCAUUUGAAAACCACGUCGACUCCUUGAAGCAGCAGGCAAAAAUGGCCGAAUAUUGUCGCUCUAUUUUCGGAGAAGCAUUGCUGAUCGAUCCUCUGGACAAAUACCCUCUGGAGGCGGGCGUCCCUCUGCCCAGUCCUCAGGAGCUGCUGGGCAAAAUCCUCAUCAAAAACAAGAAAUCUCACAAACCUGCCAACACCGCUGACACCAAGAGGCUAAUUGACCAGCCUGCCAAUCAGAGUAAUGAACCAGUGUCUCCUAGCAACAACACGGGAGACAUGGAGGCUGAGAGUGAGGAAGAUGAUGAUGAUGAAGAUGAUGAUGGUAAAAAGGGCUCUGCGGAGAGAGAGGCUGUUGCUACGGAAGAGAUGUCAACUCUGGUAAACUACGUCCAGCCGACCAAGUUCAACUCCUUUGAAGCAUCAAAGAAGGCAGCUCGCUGUUACCACAUGUCAUCUUUUGUGGAGACCAAAGCUUUGGAGCACCUCACAAAGUCACCAGUGGAGUUCGUGGAAUAUAAUAAAUCCCAGCUGAGUCGUAUUUACCCAAAAGGAACCAGAGUGGACUCGUCAAACUUUAUGCCUCAGCUGUUCUGGAAUGCUGGAUGCCAACUUGUGGCUCUCAACUACCAAACUAUUGAUCUGUCCAUGCAGCUGAACCUCUUCAUGUUUGAGUACAACGGCCGCAGUGGCUACCGACUGAAACCAGAGUUUAUGAGGCGUCAUGACAAACACUUUGACCCUUUCACAGAAAACACAGUGGACGGCAUUGUAGCUAAUACUCUCUCUGUGAAGGUCAUCUCAGGCCAGUUUCUGACUGAACGGAGGGUGGGUGUUUAUGUGGAGGUGGAGAUGUUCGGACUCCCCGCAGACACUAGGAGGAAAGCUCUGAAGACUAAAACCUCCCAGAACAACAACGCUGUCAAUCCAGUGUGGGACGAGGAGCCCAUCGUCUUCAAGAAGGUUAUUCUUCCGACUCUGGCCUCUCUGAGAAUUGCUGCGUUUGAGGAAGGAGGAAAAUUCAUCGGCCAUCGGAUUAUUCCAGUGUCUGCCAUCAGACCAGGCUAUCGCUACAUCGGCUUGAGGAAUGAGAAAAACCAGUCUCUGAUUUUGCCAGCUGUGUUUGUCUACAUUGAAGUCAAAGACUAUGUCCCAGAUACAUUUGCAGAUGUGAUCGAGGCUCUGUCCAACCCGAUCCGGUAUGUUAACCUCCUGGAGCAGAGAGCCAAACAGCUGGCAGCUCUGACCCUGGAGGACGGCGAGGAAGAGGCGCAGAUCGAGGAUGAGAUGGACAUGGGAGCAGAGCGGAAGAACGACCUGAAACCGGCUCCGCUGGAAAACGGACUCAGUCCCACCUCAGGUCCAACGGGUCACACCCCCGUUGCUACGACACCAAAAGCCUCCGCAGCCCAUCAGCAAGCAGCUACAACUGAAGCAGCCAAACCAGCAGCAAAGACUGAAGAUCUAGUUUUAAGUGUUUUAAUAGAUAUCCCAGCAUGCACCUUGGAUGCCCUGCAUCAGUCCAAGGUCUACCAAAAGGAGCAGAGGCGUCAGUUCAAGGAGCUGAAGGAGCUGGUGAGGAGGCACCAGAAGAAGACCUCAGAGCUCCUCCGAGAGUUCAGCAGCAAGUACAAGAAGACGGCCAGGCAGUGCAGCAAGAGCAGGGCUUCGUGUCCGGAGAGUGACAGAGACAAGUGUCUGCAGCAGCUCAGGGAUGAGCAGCAGCAGCAGCUGCUGGCUAUGAGGCAGGAGCAGUACUACAGCCAGAAGUAUCUGCAGAGGGAGCACAUCAAGAUGCUUACAGAGCGGCUCACCAGUCUGGCUGAGGAGAGCCACAACUCCCACAUGAAGAAGCUCAAAGACAUCUGUGACAAGGAGAAGAAGGAGCUGAAGAGGCAGAUGGAUCGACGGAGAACCGAGAAGAUCAACCAGGCCAAGACCAAAGAGAAACAUCUGGCUGAGGAGGAGAAGAUCGAGAUCAACAAGUCCUACGUUAACGAGGUUGUGCAAAACAUCAAGAGGCUUGAGGAAACUCAAACUAAGCGUCAGGAUCAGCUGGUGGAGCAGCACAAUGACCUCCUGCAGGAGAUCCAAGAUCAGAAACCAAAGCUGCAGGCGGCGGUGGAGGCUGAGUUCCAGGAAAAGUUCCAGCGUCUGCCCGGCGAGAUCCGAGACUUCCUGCAGGACAGGAAGUUGGAGGGCAGAGGUCACAGCAAGUCCCGGCCGUCGACUCCCCACGAAACUCUUUCAGAGGAGGACUGAGCAGGAAAAAUAUAGGAGGAUGUGGAGAAGUGAUACAGCAAAUUAAACUGUAGGAAACU